CAAAAUCAAGCCAAGUUCACAUACACAUCUCCAUGGAACUAGGCUACGUUUACCGAAUCAAUCCUCUCCAUUUCUGGAUCAUUUAUUAACAAAUUCCUUCCGUCUCUCUCUUCACUUGACUGCCCAGCCCGUGUGUUUUGAGUAUCAGGAACAAAAAACAAAAACAAAAAAAAAAAAAAAAAAAAAAAAAAAAAAAAAAAAAAAAAAAAAAAGGGAAGGGAAGAAUAAUUCAGGGUUUUGUUUCAGGUGACUACCUCUGUGAUGUCUACAGUAGGAAAUUCUACAAAUAUUUUCUGGCAUGAAUGCGGGGUUGGAAAACUUGACAGGCAGAAGCUGCUAAAUCAGAAGGGAUGUGUUGUAUGGAUUACGGGUCUUAGCGGAGCAGGAAAAAGUACGGUAGCAUGCUCACUAGGUAGAGAACUACACAACAGAGGAAAGCUCACAUACGUGCUUGAUGGUGACAAUGUUAGACAUGGUUUGAACAAGAAUCUUGGGUUUUCAGCGGAAGAUCGUGCAGAAAAUAUACGUAGGGUCGGGGAAGUAGCAAAGCUCUUUGCUGAUGCAGGCUUAAUAUGUAUUGCUAGUUUAAUUUCUCCAUACAGAAAGGAUCGCGAUGCUUGCCGUGCUUUAUUGCAAGAUGAUAAUUUUAUCGAGGUUUUUAUGAAUACGUCUCUAGAAGUUUGUGAGGAAAGGGAUGCAAAAGGCCUCUACAAGCUUGCACGUGCUGGGAAAAUUAAAGGUUUUACAGGGAUAGAUGAUCCAUAUGAACCACCUCUGAAUUGUGAGAUAGAAAUACAGCAACAAAAUGCUGAAAAUUGCCCAAGUCCAAGUGCCAUGGCAGGACAAAUUGCAUCUUAUUUGGAGGAUAAGGGUUUUCUGCAUGAUAAUUGAUAUCAAUCUAUUUUUUCUUACUCUUUUUGAAGUUCUAUAAUUUUACAUCUUUUUGUCUGCCAUUUAUAAACCAUCCAUUGAUUCUUCUUGAGAUUCAAUCGUUCUUUGGUUGUAUAAUAACACAAAAGUGAACUCAACUUGCUUGUAAAAAAUUGAGAUUGUUGGCCUGUUUCGAUGUUAAAAAUCCUACUGAAAAAUACUUCUUGCA